AUGGGACACAGCAUACCUGCGCACCCAGAACAUCCGGCAUUUUUGCCUUGGUGCAGAUUCGCGGUGUCUGAGGAAAACCAAGCAGCGUUUGACAAGGCACUCAAGAAGCGCGAGACGCACGAAGUUGUAUUUGCGGCCAUUGGUGGUCCAAAGUUAAAGGAGCUUCUGGAUGUGGUUGCUCUGAAAGGCCACCGAGAUGGCUGGGGUUCUAAGAUUCGAUAUUUCUUCUGGUCAGAUGGAGGUAGGGGCAGGCCGUUUGCAGCUGUCUACCGUGGUCUCAAUGAAAUGGAGCACUUUGAUGCAGCCGGUCAAAUCAGUUCGGAGACCAUCGAAGAGUUCUUGAAGGAUGAAUAUGUGCCAAAGUUUUCACAGGUGACGGCAGCUGAUAUGAAUUCUGUGUUUGGAGCUGGCACGAAGGGCAACGUCUUUGUUUGCUUUGACCCAGCACGUUUCGAAGCCCAGGUGAAUAAGUACACCAAGGUCUUCGUGAAAGUUGCGAGAAAGUGGAAAGGAUAUGGCUUUUCCUAUUUCGACGCAAGUGAUCCUUUCAGCAAGAUCAUCAGCAUUGAGUGCCAGGAAUUCCCAGUAGUCACGUUGAAGCCACUGAGAAGGCCUUUUGCGAGCUACAACAAAUCCUUUGCUCACCUUGGAGAUGCGCUGAAUGAAAAGCAUAUCAACGAGUUUAUGAAAGAGUCAAUAGCCGCUCAUCGAAGUGCAGGAGCAGAACUGUAG